AUGCUGAGCCUCGCGGCGAAACUGGUGGCCUUCUUUUGGAGGAGGGCGGAUGGCCCCGAGGAGACGCCCGGGCUGCCGGGGCCUGAGCUCCCGGAAGGUGACACCAAGUUGAAAACUGUCCAGGGUGUCGUGACAAGGUACUGCAGCGAUUAUGGCAUGAUUGACGAUUUAAUCUACUUCUCCAACGAGGCUGUGACUGGCAAAGUGCUUCUGAAUGUUGGGCAGGAAGUAAUUGCAGUUGUGGAAGAAAAUAAAGUGUCCAGCGGACUGAAGGCGAUCAGGGUGGAAGCUGUCUCUGAUAAAUGGGAAGAUGAUAGCAAAAACCAAGGCCGAGGACUGUCAGACUCCAGCCCCCGCGUGCUGAUUGGCUGUGUGACUUCGUUGAUGGAGGGCGCCGGCUAUAUCAGUCAGACCACGUACUUCUCUCUGGAGAGUGUGUGCGAAGGUUUCGAGCCGUGCAAGGGAGACUGGGUGGAGGCCGAGUACUGGAUCCGGCCGGGCACCUGGAGCAGCGAGGCCGUGUCCGUGAAGCCGCUGAGGUACAAGCGCGUGGACCGGGUCUGCGUGUCCAGCCUCUGCGGGAGGAACGGGGUGAUAGACGACUGCAUCUUUUUCACCUUGGACUCCCUGAAGCUGCCAGAGGGCUACGUGCCUCGCAGACACGACGUGGUCCGCGCCCUGGUGGUAGAGAGCAGCCAGUCCUGCUACGUCUGGAGAGCCCUCUGCAUGACGCCGGUGACCAGGCGAGACAACUCCGCCUCUACCGUGGCAGAGGCUGCCGAUGAGGCUUGUGGGGCCCUCUUACUGAAAGACAAAGGCGACGUUGAAGUGACGAGGAUGACGCAUUUUGGAACGCUAGAGGAAGGACGAAGUAAGAGCUUGGUGAUCUGGAUAGAGAAUAAAGGAGGCGUGCCACAGAACUUGGUCAGCUGCAAGUUGGCUGGCUGGGACAGAGCCAGACAGUUCAGGUUUCAGGCGCAGCGCGGAGGCCAGCCAUGCCCGACGGCAUGCUCCGGUUCUGGCUCCGCGGAGGAGAUGGGCUGUUCAGGUGACAGUGCCAGCUUGUUAGGUGGCUGCGGAGAGGACAGAGCCGACCAGGUGCUGGACAGCGGCCUGCCAGGUGACAGAGAGGUCUGCCCAGACGACAGUUCCUGUAAAGGAGAAAAUGGAGAAAAAGAACAGAGUGUCUCACGAAAGCAGGUGACAGAGCCCGAACCCGGUGGGCUCAUCCCUCCAGGUGGAAAAGUUGCGAUUGUGAUCAUUUGUGAUGCCAAGAGCCCUGGCCGCUGCAGGGAGCUGCUGCUGCUCUGCUUCUCCAGCUUCGUCGUCGGCCGGUUCCUGGACGUGAGUGUCAUCAGCGGGCCAGAGUCGCUCAUAGCCGUCCGAGAGCCCUUCUCCUGGAAGAAGUCUAAAAGUCCCCAGGCACUGGCUCCCACGAAAACGACGACAGUUGUCGUAACCACACAGAAAAGGAACUCAAGACGACAGCUUCCGAGUUUUCUCCCACAGUAUCCAAUACCAGAUAGACUUAAAAAAUGUGUGGAACAGAAAAUCGACAUACUGACUUUCCAGCCGUUACUGGCAGAGCUUUUGAACAUGUCAAACUACAAGGAGAAGUUCUCCACCCUGCUGUGGCUGGAGGAGAUCCACGCGGAGAUAGAGCUGAAGGAGUACAACAUGAGCGGGGUCACCUUGAAGAGGAACGGGGACCUGCUGGUGCUGGAGGUCCCCGGGCUGGCGGAGAGCCGGCCUUCUCUGUACGCAGGUGAUAAACUGAUUUUAAAAACUCAGGAGUACAACGGACAUGCCAUCGAGUACAUCGGCUACGUGACCGAGAUUCAUGAAGAAGAUGUAACUCUUAAACUUAAUCCAGAAUUUGAACAAGCGUAUAACUCUGAACCUAUGGAUGUGGAGUUUACGUAUAACAGGACCACAAGCAGACGGUGCCACUUUGCACUUGAGCAAGUCAUCCACUUAGGUGUGAAAGUGUUGUUCCCCGAAGAAGUCAUCUUACAGACUCCCCAAGUGACGCGCAGCUGGAACUGUGCACAGGAUGCCAAAACCGACGGACCGCCCGCCUCCAAGAAUAGGAGAGCUGUAAAGGAUCAAGCUAAGGCCGCCACCAAGGAGAAGCGGGCUGCCACCCAGGACAUGCCGGGGAUGGGGGCCUUUGCUGCUGGGACGAGUGCCCUGGACACAGGAGCGAGGGAGAAGGAAUUCUUCAACCUGGUGCUCAACGAAAACCAGAAGCUGGCCGUCAGGAGGAUCCUGAGCGGUGACUGCCGCCCGCUUCCGUAUAUCCUUUUUGGACCCCCAGGAACUGGGAAGACGGUGACGAUCAUAGAGGCGGUCUUGCAGGUGUACCACGCCUUGCCAGACAGUCGCAUUUUGGUGUGUGCGCCCUCCAACAGCGCCGCCGACCUCGUGUGCUUGCGGCUGCACGAGAGCCAGGUGCUGCGGCCGGCGGCCAUGGUCCGGGUGAAUGCCACCUGCAGGUUCGAGGAGACAGUCCUCGACGCCGUCAAGCCGUACUGCAAAGACGGGGAGGACAUCUGGAGGGCCUCGCGCUUCAGGAUAAUCGUCACCACCUGCAGCAGCGCCGGGCUCUUCUACCAGAUAGGAGUGAGAGUCGGUCACUUCACACACGUGUUUGUGGACGAAGCGGGACAAGCCAGCGAGCCAGAAUGCCUCAUCCCUCUGGGGCUGGUUUCGGACCUCAACGGCCAGAUAGUCCUAGCUGGAGACCCCAUGCAGCUCGGGCCAGUCAUCAAGUCCAGACUGGCCAUGGCCUACGGGCUGAACGUGUCUAUGCUGGAAAGACUGAUGUCCCGGCCAGCGUACCUGAGGGACGAGGAUGCCUUCGGUGCUUGUGGCGCCUACAACCCCUUGCUGGUCACGAAGCUGGUGAAGAACUACAGGUCUCACGCGGCACUGCUGGCCCUGCCCUCUAGACUCUUCUACCACCGCGAGCUGCAGGUCUGCGCAGACCCCCGGGUGGUGACCGCCUUGCUGGGCUGGGAGAAGCUGCCGAGGAAGGGCUUCCCCCUGGUCUUCCAUGGCGUGAGGGGCAACGAAGCUCGGGAAGGGAGAAGCCCAUCAUGGUUCAACCCGGCCGAAGCCGUCCAGGUCAUGCGCUACUGCUGCCUGCUGGCCAGGAGCGUCUCCAGCCAGGUGUCCGCGAGCGACAUCGGUGUGAUCACGCCCUACCGGAAGCAGGUGGAGAAAAUCAGAAUCCUUUUGAGAAACGUGGAGCUGGCGGACAUCAAAGUGGGGUCGGUGGAGGAGUUCCAGGGGCAGGAGCACCUGGCCAUCAUCAUCUCGGCCGUUCGGUCCAAUGAAGAUAGAUUUGAAGAUGACAGAUAUUUUUUGGGUUUCUUGUCCAACUCAAAAAGAUUCAACGUUGCCAUCACCAGACCCAAAGCUUUGCUGAUUGUGCUGGGGAACCCUCACGUUCUCGUCAGAGACCCCUGCUUCGGUGCGCUGCUGGAGUACAGCGUGACGAAUGGCGUGUAUACGGGCUGUGACCUGCCACCGGAGCUGCAGAGCCUGCAGAAGUGA